UUUGUAAGGACAGAUGAUAAUGUGGAUAGCAGAUUUCUAUAACACACGUCUGAAAUACCACUACACAGAUAUCUGCACCUCCAAAUUUUGGUUCUUGAUGAGCUGAGCAACAACAUUCUUCUCCUUCACCACCACCAUGCCAUUUUCACUCACCACAUCUUCUUUCUCUCUUCUAACUCACCCCACCACCCACCACCACCAUCCCAAAAAACAACUGCCACGUCAUCCACUUUCCAUAAAAGCCUCAACUAACAACAGCAACAACAAACCACCUAAUUCAACUAAGCCUACUUCAUGGGUAAGUCCAGAUUGGUUAACUAAACUUACAAGUUCACUUACGUUAGGCUCAAAUGAUGAUUCAAAUAUACCAAUUGCAAGUGCUCAACUUGAAGAUGUUUCUGAACUUCUUGGUGGUGCACUUUUUCUACCAUUGUUUAAAUGGAUGAAUAUGUAUGGACCUAUUUAUAGACUUGCUGCUGGACCAAGAAAUUUUGUUAUUGUUAGUGAUCCUGCUAUUGCUAAACAUGUUUUAAAGAAUUAUGGGAAGUAUGGUAAAGGACUUGUUGCUGAGGUUUCUGAGUUCUUGUUUGGUUCUGGUUUUGCCAUUGCUGAAGGUCCCCUUUGGACGGCAAGGCGAAGGGCCGUGGUUCCAUCUCUUCACAAGAAGUACUUGUCAGUAAUAGUUGAUCGGGUCUUUUGCAGAUGUGCUGAGAGAAUGGUGGAGAAACUUUUCCCUGAUGCAAUUUCCGGGUCUGCAGUAAAUAUGGAGGCAAAGUUUUCUCAACUAACACUUGAUGUUAUUGGUCUUGCACUCUUCAACUACAAUUUCGAUUCCCUUACUACUGACAGUCCAGUUAUUGAUGCAGUUUACACUGCACUAAAAGAAGCAGAACUUCGUUCAACUGAUCUGUUGCCAUAUUGGCAGAUCAAAGCUUUAUGUAAAGUCAUCCCACGACAAAUAAAGGCUGAAAAUGCAGUUUCGUUAAUCAGACGAACAGUUGAAGAACUCAUUGCAAAGUGCAGAGAGAUUGUAGAAUCUGAGGGUGAGAGGAUUAAUGAGGAUGAGUAUGUGAAUGAUAGAGAUCCAAGCAUCCUUCGAUUUUUGCUUGCUAGCAGAGAGGAGGUUUCAAGUGUACAACUUCGAGAUGAUCUUCUGUCAAUGCUAGUUGCUGGGCAUGAAACCACAGGUUCAGUUUUGACUUGGACGUCAUACCUGCUGAGUAAGGACCCUUCCUCUUUGGAAAAAGCACAUGAAGAAGUUGACAGAGUUUUGGGAGGACGCUCUCCGACUUAUGAAGACAUGAAGAAUCUCAAGUACUUGACCCGGUGCAUAACUGAGUCACUCCGACUCUAUCCACAUCCACCUGUCCUAAUAAGAAGAGCUCUAGUAGCUGAUGUGCUCCCCGGAAAUUACAAGGUCAAUGCUGGUCAAGAUAUAAUGAUCUCAGUAUAUAACGUUCAUCAUUCUUCAGAGGUAUGGGAAAGAGCAGAAGAAUUUGAUCCUGAAAGAUUCGACUUGGAAGGUCCAGUUCCAAACGAAACGAAUACUGAUUUUAGAUUCAUCCCGUUUAGUGGAGGGCCACGAAAAUGUGUUGGUGAUCAAUUUGCCUUGUUGGAAGCUACAGUUGCUCUUGCGAUAUUUUUGCAGAACUUCUCGUUCGAGUUGAUUCCAGAUCAAAAUAUUAGCAUGACUACUGGAGCAACCAUUCAUACGACAAACGGCUUAUACAUGAAAGUGAAGCAAAGGCAAAAAGAAUCUGUUUUGGCUGCUGCUCUGUAAAUUUUGUCACAAGAGAAAAAUUAUCUCGAUUCUUUAGAUAGACUGGACAAAACUGAAUAACAUUUAUAUAUAUCUAUCAAGUACUUAUAUCAAAAUGUAAGGUGACAACAGUAAAGAAAUCAUGUUCUUCACUCGACGAUAACUGGAAAAAGACUACGAGAAUGUGUAUUGUUGAUUGCCAAGACAAAAAUCAUUCUAUUAGAAUUAUCAGUAUUGCAUAA